AUGUCUAAUAACGUCAUCUCUACUAAUCCUACAGUAGCUAAUAUAGAUAUCACUACUGCAGGAAGUAAUUUCUUGUGGUGGGUAUUCGCAAUGAUGAUCACUAGUGCUCUUGGUUUGACAGCUUAUUCUCUUACACUUAAUCCGGCUCGUCGAGCUUUUCAUUUUCUUGGAGUCGCUAUUCUUUUUACUGCCUCUAUUGCUUAUUUCUCAAUGGCUUCUGAUUUAGGAGCUACUCCAAUCUUGGUGGAAUUUGUUCGUAAUCAAGGUGAUUUGGCUACUGGAUUUGUUGCACCUACAAGGUCAAUUUGGUAUGUUCGAUACAUAGAUUGGGUGAUCACCACACCACUUUUACUUUUGACUUUAUUACUCAGUACUGGAAUGCCUUUAUCUGGAAUCUUUGCUACUAUCUUCUUUGAUAUCAUAAUGAUUGUUACUGGACUUGUUGGAGCUUUAGUACACUCUUCUUACAAAUGGGGUUACUUUGCUUUCGGUUGUCUUGCAAUGCUUUAUGUUUUCUGGACUUUGAUUGGUCCUGCUCGUUUAGCUGCCAAAGCAUUAGGAGAUGAUAAUCAUCAAGCAUACAUCAAAGGAGCUCUUAGUCUUUCAUUCUUAUGGAUGCUUUACCCAAUUGCAUGGGGUUUAUGUGAUGGUGGAAAUGUGAUUAGUGUGAAUGGAGAGAUGAUCUUCUAUGGUAUCCUUGAUGUCCUUGCUAAACCUGGAUUCAUCUUCUUACACCUUUAUUCGAUUCGUAAUAUUGAUUAUGAUCGAUUCGGAUUAGAAUCAGGUCAUCGUACCAUCGGUCAAGCUGUAAGUCGUCAAAUCCUUCUGAUAACCCUUCUAGAAAACCCCUUUCUGACUCAACUUUUUGUAUACUAUGCGGUCUCAUAG